AUGGGUUUGAAAGGUAAGUUAAUUGCUUCAAUGGAGAUGAAUUGUGGAGGAGGCUCGUUUUUUGAUAUUUUUCACACCAGUACUCAUCAGGUACCCAAUAUAAGUCCUAGGACUAUCGUCCAUUUUGAGAUUCAUGAAGGUGAAACCGUAAAAAUUGGUUCGAUUGUUAGUUGGAAAUAUAUUGAAGCUGGACAAGAUAAGUAUAUGAAGCACUUAAUUGAAGCCGUCGAUCCUCACAAGAAAUUGAUCAAAUGGAAAGUUAUUGAAGGAGAUUUAUUAGAGUUAUAUAAUUACUUUGAUUAUACAACAUCUUGUGACCACCAAUGGACUACUUGGACAAUUGAAUACGAAAAGAAAACUGAAGACACCCCAGAACCCCUCAUUCACUUCGGUAAUAUCCUUGACAUGACCAAGGAUAUAGAGGCUCACCUUCUCCAGAAAUAG